AUGGCUGACCCGGGCCCCGCCAUCGCGCACCUCCGCACCAAUUCAUGGGCAAACAACCUCAUCUCCUCGGCCGACUAUACACCAAUCCAAACCGACUCACGGCGCCUAAAGCCCACAACCGGUGAAGAUGGCUACUUCGCACAAACCCUCAACACAUCUACCACAAUCCCCCACUGCCUAACCCUGCAACGGUGCAACCUUACACCCGUGCCUGCGGAAGCCCCAACCUGGCUCCCCGCAACAAAACAAGAUGCCGCAUCCGCCACAAAGCCCACCCCGGGCCUGAACCCUGCAGACAUCAUUAUGAUCUUCGAUCUUAGCAGCCCCGGUCUGUCUGGUCACCCAUCCACCGUACAUGGCGGCAUUGUCGCGACGCUGAUUGAUGAGGCCAUGUCCCUCGCUGUCGCGGCGCAUACCAAUGCGCCCACUGCGCUCAGUACGGCUGAGGAUAACCCACGCGGGAAGAUCUUUACCGCGCAGCUGGAUGUCAGAUAUAAGAAGCGGGUGGCUACACCUGCUUUGCUGGUUAUUAAGGCGCGAGUUGUUGGCAGAGUCGGGAAGAAGUUCUGGGUGCGGGCGCAGGCAUUGCAGGAGGAUGAGGAGGGUGCUGGGGGACAUUUGGAGUGGGCUAAGAGGAAGGUUGUCAAGGCUGAUGCUAUGGCAUUUUGGAUUGUGACGUCUGACUCGAAGUUGUGA